GGCGCCGCGGCCGCGGCGGCCAUGGGGGCCCUGACGAGCCGGCAGCACGCGGGCGUGGAGGAGGUGGACAUCCCGUCCAAUUCCGUGUACCGCUACCCGCCCAAGUCCGGAAGCUAUUUUGCCAGCCACUUCAUUAUGGGAGGAGAGAAGUUUGACUCAACCCAUCCUGAAGGUUACCUGUUUGGAGAAAACAGCGAUCUGAACUUUCUGGGGAACAGGCCAGUUAUGUUUCCUUAUGCCGCCCCACCUCCCCAAGAACCCGUGAAGACUCUGAGAAGCCUGAUCAACAUCCGAAAGGACACACUGAGACUCGUCAAAUGUGCUGAGGAAGUGAAGAGCCCUGGGGAAGAGGCCGGCAAAGCAAAAGUCCACUACAAUGUCGAGUUCACCUUUGACACAGAUGCUCAGGUAGCCAUCACCAUCUAUUAUCAAGCCACCGAAGAGUUCCAGAAUGGUAUUGCCAGCUACAUUCCGAAAGACAACAGCCUCCAGUCGGAGACUGUGCACUACAAGCGAGGGGUGUGUCAGCAGUUCUGCCUGCCCUCCCAUACCGUGGAUCCAUCCGAAUGGGCUGAAGAGGAGCUUGGCUUUGAUCUGGACCGAGAGGUUUACCCAUUAGUGGUCCAUGCUGCGGUGGAUGAAGGAGAUGAGUAUUUUGGCCAUUGCCAUGUACUGCUGGGUACUUUUGAGAAGCACACAGAUGGGACUUUCUGCGUCAAGCCGCUCAAACAGAAACAAGUCGUAGAUGGGGUCAGCUACCUCCUUCAGGAAAUCUAUGGAAUUGAAAACAAGUGCAACACACAAGAUUCUAAGGUGGCUGACGACGAAGUGAGUGAUAACAGUGCUGAGUGUGUGGUAUGUCUCUCAGAUGUUCGGGACACCUUGAUUCUGCCCUGUCGCCACCUCUGCCUCUGUAACACCUGUGCAGACACCCUGCGCUACCAGGCCAAUAACUGCCCCAUCUGCCGACUGCCCUUCCGGGCACUGCUUCAGAUCCGAGCCAUGAGGAAAAAAUUGGGCCCCUUGUCCCCAACCAGCUUUAACCCCAUCAUCUCAUCCCAGACAUCUGACUCUGAAGAGCAUUCAUCCUCAGAGAAUAUUCCACCAGGUUAUGAAGUGGUGUCUCUCCUGGAGGCCCUCAAUGGGCCCCUCACCCCAUCCCCAGCAGUCCCUCCACUUCACGUGCUUGGGGAUGGCCACCUCUCAGGAAUGCUACCUUCGUAUGGCAGUGAUGGCCACCUGCCCCCUGUCAGGACGCUCUCGCCCCUUGACCGCCUGUCUGACUGCAGCAGCCAAGGACUCAAGCUCAAAAAAAGUCUUUCCAAAUCCAUUUCCCAAAAUUCCUCCGUGUUGCAUGAAGAGGAAGACGAGCGUUCUUGCAGUGAGUCGGAGACACAGCUCUCUCAGAGACCAUCAGCUCAUCAUCUCAGAGAGGAAUGUGGUGUCACUCCAGAAAGCGAAAAUCUUACCUUGUCAUCAUCGGGAGCUAUCGACCAGUCAUCUUGCACAGGGACGCCUCUCUCUUCCACAAUUUCCUCCCCAGAAGACCCUGCCAGUAGCAGUCUGGCCCAGUCAGUCAUGUCCAUGGCGUCCUCCCAGAUCAGCACUGACACGGUCUCCUCCAUGUCUGGUUCCUACAUCGCCCCUGGCACUGAAGAGGAGGGAGAAGCUCUCCCUUCCCCCCAGGCUGCCUGCAGGGCCCCCUCAGAGGAAGGAGAGGUGAUGCCAGUGGAGUCUCCAGAUAGCAACUUUGCUGACCUCCCAGCAGGAGGGCAGGAUGCAGAGGGAAACGAUGUCAUAGAGGAAGAGGAUGGAUCACCCACACAAGAAGAUGGCCAGAGGACAUGCGCAUUUCUAGGUAUGGAGUGUGACAAUAACAAUGACUUUGACAUCGCAAGCGUGAAAGCACUGGACAAUAAGCUGUGCUCUGAGGUCUGCUUACCCGGUACCUGGCAGGCUGAUGACAACGUUGUCAGUCGUCGGAACACCCAGCGCCGGCGUUUAUCAUCCAGCAGCCUGGAGGACCCUGAGGACAGGCCCUAUGUGUGGGGUCCAUUGGCUGUCUGAGCACCUAAGCCCCUGAACCCAGGCUCUCCUCCUGUCCUCGCAUUCCAUCAUCCUCACUGGGCUGCUGGCCUCCUGGGCAAGACAUGUGCAGACUUUUUAUACUUGUGUGAGAGCUGAGCGUUGAGUUCAGCCUGCUACUUCUCCCAGCCUCUUCUCCUGUAACCAUGAUCCUUCCCCUCUCAGAACGGACUGGAAGCCCUCCUCUCACCUUGUGGGCUGAAGCCACUCGAUGAACUGCAGCUCAGGAGACCGUUACAGAGACUCUCUGGAAUGUUCUGCUGUGUCUUGAUCUUCAGGUGGAGCUGGGAUCCAUGGGCUAGUUGUUUCUUACGCACCGUUUUUUCCUUAGGGGGUAGACUGAGAAGACUCAGUUUCUGCAACUUUGUUACCCAUCUGGCAUUUCCUGGUCUCUGGCACAUCAUAACCGAUUUGAAACCUCCAGUUUGGGGCAGAGUUGGGGGUUACUGCUGUGAGAAGGGAGAGCCAUAUCACACCCUAUGUGCUGUUUCCCUCCAAAAGCAUCAGGAGCUCCUUUCUCAAGGGCAAGGGAAGCAGUGGCAACCAAAAGGUGGGUGGAAAAAAGAGUCCUUCUAGCAGCAGAGCUAGUCUCCUGUGCCUCAGGUGCCUGUCUGCUUAGGUGGGAACCCUUAAAUCUGAGAAUUGCCCAGUUGAGAUGAUUAUUACCCUUAAGGAGGAUAUCUCCUGAGGUAUCCUCAGGUGCAUUCAGGAAGGCCUGCGACGUCGUCCUAAGGUGGUAUUUCACAAAACACAUUUUUGACCACUUCUGUGCCAGGCACUGUGUUAGCAGCCGUCAUAUAACCAUGUUUCAUCUUCUCUACAGCCCUAUGAGGUGGUAUUCUUAUCCUGUCUCCUACCCCCUUUUUUUUAGCAGUUGAAGAAAUAGGCUAAGAGAGGUGUGGACCAAUGAUUUUCAAAUUGGUGUCCAGGAUCCCCAAAGGAAGUGGUAAAGACUGCUGUGCUAAGUCCAGGAAGCAGCCCGGGGCCUGCAGCAGUGGUCUGGGAGCUGGAGGGCCACAGUCAGGGUCUUCACCUCAAGACCCUCCCCACCCUCCAUGUUUUCCUCCCCUGCCUUCCUAAUCCACUGGGCCUGACAGGUAAAGGGGGAGGUAGAGCCUUCCAGAGGCUCAUCAGUGAUUAGAGAUAUUGCUGCAAUCAUGUGCCCUGCCCACCCCAGCAUAGGGGCGUACACACACUUUUCAAGCAGAGUCCUGAAACAGUGAGGCUGGGCUGCAGGUUGUUGGCUGUUACUCCUUUCUCAGCACUAGUGUUAUCAGUGGAUUCCACAUGGCUCUUGGAGAGAUGUGUUGUCUACUGGCUUUUAGAAAAGGUGAUUGUUUAGUGGGGGCAUGAGGUUGUUUGGGAAAGCCUUCUGCUAUGCCCACUGUGAUGGAUUGUCUUGGGGUUGGAAUCAUUACCCUAGAAGAGUUUUUCAAGGCCAUUUCCAAGGCCUAUUGCCUCAAAAAGAGCCCAGUGCCCAGGGGUCCUUUGCAUCUUCCGUGUGGCUGCAGAGACCAGGAGUGCAGUGACUGUCACACUGUCUAGUGGUUGUGGCUCAUUUCCUGCUCUGCCGGAGGGAAGCCUGUUGUCCUGCCUGAGAUGUGACAUAAGCCGAGCUUGAGUUCCUGUGUCUACCUACCCUCUCCAAAAUACCAUAGCGCAACAGACUCUGCCAUUUCACGUCCCACCUAAUGUUCUUUCCCUCCCCCAACAUUCUUACAGCCUCUUUCAUAUUUAAAAUUUAAACCAGUAUUAGCUGAGCAAUAACCCCACUUCCUGAUUUCCUUGAAGUGUGAGCCCCAGAAGCACCAGGCCACAGGGAGCUUCCCUUAGCCUGGGGGGGGGGUGGCACACAGACCCACCUCCUCUCCCAGCAGGUAGCAUUCAUAGUGUGGUGUUACCUGAGGGGAUGGGGGAAGCAGGUUCAGGCAAACAGUGGCCAGGGUGGCUAGGACCCUAAGAGGCAGCCAUUGUCUUCAUCCCUUCUUGGAGGAUUUGUGUCCUUCCUCUCCUAAGAGGCUCCAAAAGAUUCCUCAAGGCCAAGACACAUGUAGGUUAGAAAUGCCCUUUACUCUGUUUCUCAGUUCCUGUUUCCCCUCUCUCCCCCCUCUCCCCCUCUCUCCCUCCUCUUCCUCCCCCCUCUUUGUUCUCAUUUAGCUCUUUGGCAAGCAGAAGUAUCCUAUCCAAAGGGGCUGGUCCUCAGUAAGCCUGAUCAGGGACAGGUCAGCUGCCAACUCCUCUGCCCCAGUCCAUCAUCUGGAGACAGUCGUGUUGUCAACAGUUUACCCAGAGAGAAUGGGAUGGGGCCAGGCUUCCCCCAGGAGGGCACAGACUAGCUGUGGAGGCCUGUGGCUCCUUCCUGCCACACCAGGCCUGCACUCUCCAUGGCUUGCGGGUGGUAUGGUGAUCCUGGCUUCCUUGUAGGGCCUUUUGUGCUUCUACCCAGUUCCAUCCCGCCAGUUUAUCCCCCUGCUAGGGCAUCUCCUGAGCACAGACUCACACACUUUAAGCGGUCUCACCUGGGGAGUUAGGAUCCUGUCCACCUGGUAUUGGUAUGCUGGUUGCUCAAUUUGCUUUAGGGUCUGCACACCUGGUGUGUGCGAGUGUGUGUGUGUGUGUGUGUGUGUGUGUGUGUGUGUAUUGUUUGUGCUGUCUGUGUACCCCUCUUACUCCUGGGAGUACACCUGUGGGCACACUGCAGUGGGGACAUCAAGGAUGCAAUAUUUAUGGACUUCUGCAUGAUUCUUAAAAAUGAAUAAAACUGUUUACAAAGGAAG